AUGUCAGUGACGUGCGGAAGUCAAGAGGAGCGCUGGCAGCUGCAGAUCGUGGCUAAAGGAAGAGUCACGUGUCCUAAAUGUAAGAGUGUGAGCAGGAAGACGGUGGAAGGACUGAAGAAACACAUGGAGAACUGCAGACUGCAACCGUUCACCUGUCAGCACUGUGGGAAACAACUCAAGUCCUCAACGGGGAUGAAGUAUCACAUCAUGGCCGACCACAACGCGAAGCACCUUGACGACCGAGCCAUCAAAGACAAACUGCGUAAAAUCCUGAAGAGACUCGGAAAAUUAAAAUGCUCCAAAGAGGGCUGUAACGCGGCCUUCACCAGCAUCAUGGGAUACGUGUACCACAUGAAGAAGUGCGGGAAGGAGGAGUCAGAGCUGGAGAAGAUGCUGCUCAACUGUCUUCACUGCGGGAAAACAUACAAGUCCAAAGCUGGUCUGGAGUAUCACCUGAAAUCAGAGCACGCUCCUAUGCCUCCGAAGACGGAGGAAGACGAGGAGCUGAAGGCUGAAGGCGAGGUGAACCCUGAGAGGACGGCCAGCGGACGGGUGCAGCGAGCCUCGGCGCAGGUGGCCAACUUCCACCUGGCCGAGAUCGCCAACAACGACCUCCCCAAAGACUGGCCCAAGAGGAAGUUCCAGUCAGACCUGGUCCCCGACGACAAGAAGUUAAAAUACGCCCGACCAGGACUUCCUGCUUUCAGCCAGGAAGUGCUGAGGAAGUGGAAGAAUGAGGUGAAGCUGCAGAGGAAAGUUCACUGUCCCAACAAGGGUUGCGGCUCCACUUACACCAGCGUGUCCGGACUAAAGGCUCAUCUGGGUCUCUGCACAAGGGGCGACUUUGAGGCUGGAAAAUACAGAUGUCUGAUCUGCCAUAAGGAGUUUAACUCAGAGAGUGGAGUGAAAUACCACAUCAACUCUGUCCAUUCACAGGACUGGUUUGUGACGAACAAAAAAGCCCACAAGAAAUUUGAGAAGUUCCUCAAAAACCAGCCGAGGGAGUUCAUGCAAAACAUGGACAAGCCCUACGUGGAUCAGUACAACCAUCACCACCACUUCCAACAUCACCACCACCACCACCAGCAGCAUCACCACCACCAUCAACACCAUCAACACCACCAUCAGCACCAUCAGCAGCAGCAGCAGCAGCAGCAUCAUCACCAACCCAUGCAGCUCCAACCCUUGCAGCACCCUCUGCAGCCGCUGCAUCACCUCCAUCACCACACCCAGAUCGUCCAUCAGGACCACCAGAACGUCCAUCCGCAGGUGGACUCCCAGCUCCAGCAGCAGCAGCAGAUACUCCAGUACACACCUCUGGAGCCUCCGCCGGGGCCGAUGUGGGUGGAUAUGGACCGGAGGGAAGCGGUGCCGGGACCAGAGCAGGCUCCGAUAGAGAUGGAGCUGGCUGAGGUGGAGAAACCUGACGAUGACGGUUGUGUCGCUGUCGCUGUCGCUGAGAAUGUCGUUGACGGUGGUGUUAUUGUGACGGAGGUGGUGACCAGGAGAGAGAAGAGGGAGAGAGGGAAGGCUCAUAUGAAGAGGAAGGAUUGCUUUGCUUACGCUGGUGCAGGAGGUGUUGCAGCAGGCAGCAGUAGCAGUAGCAGCAGCAACACCGGCAGCUCGUGCAGCGAAUCGUCGGAGGUGGAGCAGCAAGAGCGGCAAAGACAGAUCGACCAGUGGAACCUGAGGCGGCCGGUCGUCGUCAUGGAGGUAAACGACGAGGCUGUAAAACGACAGAGGCGCACUUAAAAAAAAAAAAAAAAAAAGAAAAAACACUUUACUUUAAAACACUUCAACCGGUUUCAGCCGAUUUUUAAGCAUCUGUCCGUCCGCCGUUGACAAAUGUGACAAAGACGAAGAUUACAAAGCUCUUCGUUUCCUUUGAGGAACUGAGACGAACAGGUGAGAAGGCAGCUCAUGACGGGAGAUAUGACUCGAAAAACUUCAAGGUGUCAGUGUGGAUAUAUAAGAAUAUUAUUAUAUAAAUAUAUAUAAAUACAUUUCUGGGUUUAGAGGCUGUUUCUCUCUCUCUCUCUCUCUCUCUCUUUCUCUCU